AUGACUCACAUCGAAGAAAAACUUUAUCUACGAAGCAUAUUAGAUGCUAUCGAUGAAGUAUAUAAAUUGAAAAAUCAUCAUCAUCAUCAUCAUCAACAGCAAACAUCAACAUACGAAGAACGUUUAACCGCAUCGUUUAAUAAAUUACUCGUUCCCGAUUGGUACAAUCAUGAUUAUACGUCAACAAAUGAACUGCGUAAAACAAAAUCUCACGGACAAGUAUCUCGUACAAAACGACAUGAAUACAAGACUUCUGAUCUAUCAUUAUCGUCGUCCAAUAAUUCAACACAUCUCUCUAAUGGUAAACAUCGGCAUCGAUCACCAAGUCGAUCUAGGUCAGAACGACCAUCAUUGAGAAAUAAUUCGACAACAUCUAGUUAUGAUACAAAUGAAAGUAUUAUUAUUCAUAAUCGACGUUUGACUAAUUCUCAUGAAACAUCAACAUAUGUUCCUGGACUGCAGCGUGUUACUCAAUCAUCAACUUGGUAUAAACCAAAAAAGUUUAUUAUCAAUGAUAAUAACAAUGGUCAUUCGAUUCAGCUACCCAAACCUUUACCAAGACAUUCAAAAAUAAAUCAAGAUUCGACAAGUUCAACUGAUUAUUCUUCGUUGUCGUCAACAUCAAAUAUUCUAAUUACUGAUCAUCUUGUUUCUAAUGAAACUAUUCGACAUCCCUUAAAACCAAGAAUAAUGUCUCAAGCACCAAUACAAAUUGUUGAAACCAAUGAAUCAUCAUGCCAUGGUGAUGUAACCAUUGUUCAAGAACCUACAUCGUCACGGACUGUUGGCAUCCCGUCAUCGACGCUUACUACUGAUCCUGAUAUUAUUAGUAGUACUGCUAAUUCAAACAACAACAUGAGUCAAUCUAUGACAGUAAAAAAGUGUUCUAGAGAUUCAAAAAGUAGUGUUUCAUCCGAUGUUGAAUCUUUUCAUUCAAUGGUUUUACCAUCAUCGGAUAAAAAUCUUCAAGCAACAGAUUCAUCUUCUUAUGCCAGUAUAAAUGAACAAUGUUUAUCGUCAGCAACAUCAUCCUAUCAUACAGCAAUCGCAACAGAUGACAUGUCGUCAACAACUGAUUAUGAAACACCUACGCUUAAGUUAGAGAAUGAAAUAUUAUCUGCACAUAGUUCAAUGUCAGAUUUAAGUAACGCUGAAACACUGGAACCGAAUGUUGAUGACCUCAACAUUGUCGUCAUUUCAAAAGAAGAACAAAAAUCCGCCAUCAUCCCUCCAGUCAACGUUGGCAUGGAGAAUUUACCAUUGCCACAUAUUUUAUGUAGCACUUCGAGUCCAUCACCAUCACCCGCACUAAGUGAUAGUUCACCGUCUACUGAAUCUCGUCCUAUUGAAAAUAAUAAUUGGUAUGAUAAUGGUUCGAUUGACACAUGUAUUCAUCAAACAUCACUUCAAUCGCCAACAAUAGAAUUACGUGAAAUAGAUUUAAAUGUUGUUGGCGAUGAAUUCUAUUUAUUUUCUCCGCGUAAUACAACCGAUGAUGAACCAUCAAGUUCAAUGAGUGAUGAUAAACACGAUCAAGAAUUCGAACAAUUAUUUAAUUCAAAACAAAUGCCAACACAUUUAUAUUCAAACGAAAAUGAAACGACGGAUGAUGUUCAUUUUUUCGAUGAAUUUCAUUGUUCAUCAACAGUUGACCCGUUUGGUUAUAAACAUAAUAAUAAAUCGGCAAUGAUAACAAAUUUAGACGAUCUUCCAGCUGAUUACGAUAAUUCAGGCGAAGACGAUAAUGAUGACGAAGGAAAUCAUUUAAAAGAUAGAUCAACUUAUUUAUUAAAUACAAAUUAUCGUCGUCCAAUUCAAGAAGAUAUUUUAUAUGAAGUUGAACAUGAAAAUAGCUAUUCUGAUAACAGUCAACAAACAACAUCGCUAAUUCUAGCUGACGAGAGCACAUCGAUCAGCAUUGAUCCGAACUUGGACUUUCUGACAACACUCGAGGAACCGAGCACAACUGAUAUCAAGCAAACAUCAUUACUAGAAACAAUUUUACAAUCUAACCAAAUGAAUUCGUCAUUGAAACAACCAGAAAGUGAACUGAAAACAUUACCAAUAAAUAUUCCACCUUCGCCAAUGUAUACAUCAACACAAAAAUCUUCAUCACUUCAUACUGAUAUAUCGACUUAUCCGAGUAUCCACAAUUAUGAAUUAUCAACUCAUCAAUAUUCAGAUUUCGCUCUAUCAUCAAGUCCAUCAUCGUAUACACCGAAGAUUCGACAUCGACAUAUUUCUGUUGGCUCCUAUUAUGAUAAUAAAACAACAACUGUAGCAAUUCAUCCAAAUCAUACACUUUAUAUACUUGGUAGUGCACCUGUUAGUCCUCUAAGCCGAACAGCAGCUUGUGAAACACAUUAUCAUAGUCCAAUAUCAUAUGGAAAUGCUUCCUUAAACACAUUACGACGUAUGACUCCAUAUUUUGAAACAAAUACACUAUUGCAAAAUUAUGAUUAUCAACAAACAUUGUCAUCUUCAAAUAGAGACGAUCAACGAAAGCCAGCAACUGUUCCAUCAAUGGAACAAACACAAUCUGUAUUUACUACUAAAACUGAAUUACCAUUAAUAUCUCCAUCAUUGCCGUUGCCACCUCCUCCAUCUUCAAUACAUACGAGUUCAGUAAUCGUUGAAGAACAUGAAGAACCAGCACCACCGAUUCUCGCCUCACCUUCGCCACCUCCUCGAUUCGAUGUACCACUUGUACGACCAAAAACCAGUCGCGGACGAGUACCGCCUAUUCCACCCAUACCACCGCCUCGUACAACAUCUAUAGACAAAGAACAGACUCAAAGCAUCUCCUUCGAAAUCGAUAGUGCAUCGUCAGAUAAUGAAAAAACAACAACAAUAAAUGAUGAUUUACAAUUUAUACGUGGUACAAUAGAACGUGUUUUCGAUCAUCAUGGUGAAUCAACAACAAGUGAAUCAAGUAUAUGCAACGAAGAAUUAUCAGACGAUAAAAACGAUGAAUCAAUAUCAGAAUCAAAUAGUUCAAAAACAUUAUCGAAAAAAAGCGAUCAAUAUCCAGCUGUCGAAGCUGUUCAACGUUUUUAUCAAGCUAAGCCGUCAUCGGAGGCUGAGGAAAAAAGUCCUAAACAACAAGAAACAAAUAUUGAUAAUGUACUGUCUAGUAAUCAUUCUUCAACAACCGGUAAAUUAUAUUCUCGUUCAAAUCCAAUAAAUAUUCGAAAGAAACAGCGUGCAAAAUCGAAUUCAGCCGAUGAUGAACAAGCAAGUUCAGAAGAAGUGGAUGAUACAUUGAACGAUAUUGAAGAAGAUGAUUAUCAAGAUGAUAAAUUAAAACGACAACCGAGAAACAAUAGUUCACAUACAAGUUAUGAAAAUUCACCAACACACUCAUCGAAUAAUAGAAUCAAACUAAACAAAGCAUCGCAAGAAACACAAACAAUGCCACGACUCAAACAAACUAAUAUAACCGUUAACAGUGCAUCGAGUUCUCAAACAACAAUUCAAUCCUAUGACACAGCUAACUCAACUGUUCCACCAAUUGAUAUAACUACACAAAUGGUUAUUGAACGAAGCGAUAGUUUUGAUGAUGCUCAAAUAGGUGAAAUAACAGGCGAUAUGGUUAUAUUCUAUGAUGACAUUGAAAUAGUUGAACAUUCAUCAAAUAUAAGUACAUCUGAAUCUGAUUCAUUUUCAUCUAUGAGUAAAUCUCUUGAAAACGAUAAAUUAAAUGAACCAAUUCCACCACCGAUUCCUGCACGGGCAUUAAAACCUGUUCAUUUACUUGAUAAUCAACAACAACAACAGCAACAACAACAACAGCAACAACAAAAAUCACCUGCCGUACAGCAAUCUGAACCGAUUAUAAUUUCAACAUCAAAAAUCAAUCGAAUAUAUGAAUUAGAAAAAUCUACAAUACGUAAAAAAUUCGAUGUUAACAGUGUUAAUACAAUGAUUAAUCGUAAUGAUUAUUUUAUGGGUCCAAUUGUAGCACAUCGUCAUCCAUCGGCACGACAUUUUGUUGGUAAAUUAAAUAAUGAUGAUAUCGCAUCACGUAAUUCAGCAUUGGUAAAUUCGAAUACUGCGGCAAAACCAUCAUCAACAAUGAUUAAAUCACAAACGCUACCACUGCAAUAUGCACAUACAAAUGGACAUACAACAAAUAUUGUUCAAGAUACGCCGACAAAAAGUUCUUUUUCAACAUUACCAAUACGAGCUGUAUUAUCAGCUGAUACAAAUGAAAAAUCUCGUUCUCCUAUUGCCGAUACGAAUGCACUAGUUAAACAAAUACAAAAUUCGCUAAGUCGAAAUUCGUUACAUGAUACACAAUUCAAUUCACCAUUGUCGAUAUCAACAAAAGAUCUGCGUACAUUUGUUUCAUCAACCUAUUCACCAUCCGAUGAAAACGUGAUGGACGAUAAUGGAAUUGUUCAUGUACGACAACAAAAUUCAACUUAUUAUGAUGAUCAAUCAUUUCAACGGCAAGCGAGAUUAUCAAAAAGUUUUCACAAUGUAUCCGAAUAUAGUAGCACUGAUCAACAUCCAAAAAAUGAUAAUCAUUUUAUAGCACGUACACAACCAUCGAAAUCAGUCGAAAAUAAUCUUCACGAAGUUAGUUCAAAGCAAACAAGAAAUUCACAAAUGAUCUUAAAUUUUCCGCGCGUUGCUGCAAGUACUUCGUUUUCGACAUUACCUCAUUCAGACGAUAAUGCCAGAUUACUGUCAAUGAAAUGGUAUACAGGACAAGUUAGCGAAAAUUCUGAAAUAUGUUAUAAUACACCUCAUAUUCACAAUGAGGAUCUGCUGUUUAAUUACAUAUCUGCACAUAGCAGUCGAGAAACUCAAAUGUUACUUGCACGUCUUCAAACAUCGACUGAUACUCGUAUUCAUGCAGCACUCGAUGAUGUACGUUUGCGCGUAGCUCAAUUCGAUGCAUCGAAAUCUCCAGAUGAUAUUCAUAUUUUUAUGCGCUAUCUUGAAUCACGAUUACGUGAUAUUAGUAGUAAGAAUUUAUCAACACCAUCCGCCACAACUACAGCCGCAAGAACAUCGAAUCGUGUUAACGGUCAAAGGCGGUUAUCAAAUGGUACAACAGCAACAAAUGGAUAUCAUUCUCAACAACAACAACAACACCAAUCGGAUGCACUAUCAAUAAAAAGUCGAACAAAUUCAAUAGUAACAGGUGUUAGUAAAGAAACACCACCGCAAAGACAAGUUGGUCGACAGCAACUUCGAUCGAAUGGUAGCAAAGCAGGAGAAGGAGGAGCAAAUGGUCACCAGCCACUACCUCCUCCACGACGAGCAAGUCAAACAAGUGUUAAUCAAGAAAAUCCUGCUGUAUUUGAUGAUAUGUUAAAUACAGUAUUAGGCUUACCAAAAAAAGGAGUAACUACUCCGCCGCCACCACCACCACCACCACCAUACCCUUCUUCUCAAAGUCGUGAAAAAUUGACUCCUUUAGCGCACGCACAAAUAAGCGCAAAUACAAUAGCAGUUAACAAUCUUGGAAACGAUAUUGGUAAGCGUUUAUUUGAAAGUGGUACUUAUAAAGAUCCUCGUUUAAUUUAUGAUGGGCCAAGACAAAAUGAGAAAGAGGAACAACCUCUUGAAACAUCUGUGUGA